AUGACCGCAGAGGAUUCCAGCACAGCCAUGAGCAGCGACCCGGCCGCCGCCUGCUCGGCCAAGGUGCCCGAGGGCGUGGCGGGCGCGCCCAACGAGGCGGCGCUGGUGGCGCUGCUGGAGCGCACGGGCUACAGCAUGGUGCAGGAGAACGGGCAGCGCAAGUACGGCGGCCCGCCGCCCGGCUGGGAGGGCGCGCACCCGCAGCGCGGCUGCGAGGUCUUCGUGGGCAAGAUCCCGCGCGACGUGUACGAGGACGAGCUGGUGCCCGUGUUCGAGACGGUGGGCCGCAUCUACGAGCUGCGCCUCAUGAUGGACUUCGACGGCAAGAACCGCGGCUACGCCUUCGUCAUGUACUGCCACAAGCACGAGGCCAAGCGCGCCGUGCGCGAGCUCAACAACCACGAGAUCCGGCCGGGCCGCCUGCUGGGCGUGUGCUGCAGCGUCGACAACUGCCGCCUCUUCAUAGGUGGCAUCCCCAAGAUGAAGAAGCGCGAGGAGAUCCUGGAGGAGAUCGCCAAGGUCACCGAGGGCGUGCUCGACGUCAUCGUCUACGCCAGCGCGGCCGACAAGAUGAAGAACCGCGGCUUCGCCUUCGUCGAGUACGAGAGCCACCGCGCCGCCGCCAUGGCGCGCCGCAAGCUCAUGCCCGGCCGCAUCCAGCUGUGGGGCCACCAGAUCGCCGUGGACUGGGCCGAGCCCGAGAUCGACGUGGACGAGGACGUGAUGGAGACCGUGAAGAUCCUGUACGUGCGCAACCUCAUGAUCGAGACCACUGAGGACACCAUCAAGAAGAGCUUCGGCCAGUUCAACCCCGGCUGCGUGGAGCGCGUCAAGAAGAUCCGCGACUACGCCUUCGUGCACUUCAGCAGCCGCGAGGAUGCCGUGCACGCCAUGAACAACCUCAACGGCACCGAGCUGGAGGGCUCAUGCCUCGAGGUCACGCUCGCCAAGCCCGUGGACAAGGAGCAGUACUCCCGCUACCAGAAGGCGGCCAAGGGCGGCGGCGCGGCCGAGGCGGCGGCGCCACAGCCCAGCUACGUGUACUCGUGCGACCCCUACACGCUGGCCUACUACGGCUACCCCUACAACGCGCUCAUCGGGCCCAACAGGGACUACUUCGUGAAAGCAGGCAGCAUAAGAGGCCGAGGGCGAGGUGCAGCUGGCAACAGAGCCCCAGGGCACAGGGGUUCCUACCUCGGGGGAUAUUCUGCUGGCCGUGGUAUAUAUAGCCGAUAUCAUGAAGGGAAAGGAAAGCAGCAAGAAAAAGGAUAUGAACUUGUGCCGAAUUUGGAAAUCUCUGCCGUUAAUCCAGUUGCCAUUAAACCUGGUACAGUGGCCAUCCCUGCCAUUGGACCCCAGUAUUCCAUGUUUCAGGCAGCCCCAGCCCCUAAAAUGAUUGAAGAUGGCAAAAUCCACACAAUGGAGCACAUGAUCAGCCCUAUUGCUGUGCAGCCAGACCCAGCCAGUGCCGCUGCAGCUGCCGCCGCCGCUGCUGCUGCCGCCACUGCUGUCAUUCCUGCCGUGUCCACGCCACCACCUUUCCAGGGCCGCCCAAUAACUCCUGUGUACACGGUGGCUCCAAACGUUCAGAGAAUCCCCGCUGCCGGGAUCUACGGGGCCAGUUACGUGCCGUUUGCUGCUCCGGCCACAGCCACGAUCGCCACACUACAGAAGAACGCGGCAGCGGCCGCCGCCGUGUACGGAGGAUACGCAGGCUACAUACCUCAGGCCUUCCCGGCUGCUGCUAUCCAGGUCCCCAUUCCCGACGUCUACCAGACUUACUGA